CUGUCUGUGAGCAGAAGUGCAUGGCCGCUAAUUGGGAGCAUGGCAACCUAAUUGCCAAGUGUAGCCUCUCUCACACAUACCCAAGCCUCUUUUGAGCCUUGGCAACCUGUAACCCCUUUUCAACCCUUGUCUUCUUCUCUCAUACACACCAACCUCAUGUCCAAAAAAGACAGCCACCACCUUCUCUCUAUGUAGUUGAACCACUCAUAGCCAUAGCAAACCAAAAUCUCAAUAAAAAGGCUUUGUUAUCUCUCUGCCAAACCAAAAAAGAACCAAAAGAAGUUCAAAUGGAGAAAUCAAAUCCUCCCUUCUCUUCUCCCUCUCCUCCUCCUCUUUCCACCACCAUUACCAAGCCAAGAGCAAGGAGAAGCAAGAACGCUCAUGCGAGAACUACUGACAAGAACAAUGUGGGAGGCAGCACUAGUGCUUGUGGGAAGAGAAGCUCUAUCUACAGAGGAGUCACCAGGCAUAGGUGGACAGGAAGGUAUGAAGCUCAUCUGUGGGAUAAGAACAGCUGGAAUCUUAUGCAGAACAAGAAAGGCAGACAAGUUUAUUUGGGGGCUUAUGAUGAUGAGGAGGCUGCAGCACAUACCUACGAUCUUGCGGCGCUUAAAUACUGGGGUCCUGAUACAAUACUUAAUUUUCCUGCAAGCACCUAUGUGAAAGAUUUUGAGGAGAUGCAGAGCAUGUCGAAGGAAGAGUACUUGGCUACUCUUAGGCGAAGGAGCAGUGGCUUCUCUAGAGGAGUAUCUAAAUAUCGAGGCGUUGCAAGGCAUCACCACAAUGGUCGAUGGGAGGCGAGGAUUGGACGCAUCCACGGCAACAAAUACCUCUACUUGGGAACUUUCAGUACUGAGGAAGAGGCAGCUCAAGCCUACGACAUGGCCGCCUUGGAAUACAGAGGCCCCAAUGCGGUGACCAACUUCAACAUUAGUUACUAUACAAGCCAUCCAUCUCCAUCACCAAUCCCAAUGCUAGAAACCCACCAUUCCGUAGUUACCCCAUCUCCCUCCACGUUAAAAUCUCCAUAUAAAGAACUUUCUGACAUCAUUAACAUACAAGCCCCAGAUGAUUUUGAAGAUUUUCUGUGGUAUGAUAUGGACAAUAAAGACUUUGACUCAUCACAAGAAGUAAACAUGGAGGAGACUAAUAUCCUCCAUGAUUUAUUUGAUUGUGUUGGUUUUGAGGAAAAUAUCGAGCAACUUUUUGAGGUGAUUGAUUCUGAUAGUGCCAAUAUAGGCAACAACAAUGAUGAUAGCGGCGGCGAUUGUGUUGUGGAGGAACUCGCGGGUUCAUCACUUAAUUCAACCACUUCUUAUCGUUCUCCCGUUAGUAUUUGCUCUUAGGCACCGUUCAAUGAAGCUUCUUCAAAGGACCCGUCGUCUUCGAUUUGAAACGGCAAAAUUUCAACGUUUUUGAGAUACGGCGUUUGGAGACCUUCCGAAUUUGCUCCGUCGCCCAACCUAAAUUCUUCCAAGCGGCGACAUUCUGUGAAGCCGAACAAAAGUCGAAAGUGAUCUCAAACGGAGCCUUUGUGUUGCUCUAUCGUAUUUUAGAGGAUUUAGUUUGGUUUAGUUUGGUAUGGUGUGGUUGGGCUGUUUAUUAAUUUGAUGUUUAUAAUUAAUUAUGAGGUUUUGGAUUUUAUCAUUAUUCAUGUGCAGGGAUGAUGAAAUUACUGGCCGGCCAACAAGAUUUGGUAGACAUGAUCUGGUAUAUAUCUGAAGCUCAGAGUUAUAUUGCUUGUAAGAAGCUUUCAAUUAGAUUUAUUUAAUAUUCAAAUAGAAUUCGAAUUGAAAAUGUCUAAUACUUAAGUAUGAGUUGGCU